AUGGAAUGUGUAGAUCCGAACUCGGACGAACAGGAGAUCAUCACUCGACUCCAAAAUCUUAGGACGAAGUCCGCGCGACGCAGAGUGUUCCGUCAACUCAUCCACCAUCUAGCUUCUGACGAAUGGCGUGACUUGAGGGAUCAUCUUAAUACACGAACCUUCCAGUGUGAUAUCCUAGGGUUGCUUCCCCUCGAGAUUGCUGUGCAAGUCGCCCAGUAUCUAGACCUAGCGGAAAUCCAUGUCUUGCAGAGAGUCUCCAGAACUUGGCACAAGCUACUGUCAUCUACCCCGGUUCGUAGCUCUGUAUACCGCCGGUAUUCAGGCCGCACACUCGAUUCUUUUCAUCAGACAUCUCAUCACAUCUACAACCAGUAUGCCAAGCAGAGGAUCAGACUGGAGCGAGGAGAGCCGUCUUCAGCCCUUCGUCGGCGCGAGCCCAGCCAUAUUAACCCAGCUUGUCUAGACUAUUCGAAUGGACGGUAUGCAUGGACUGGCGAAAUGACCACAGUCGUCGUGCAGGAUCUGCGUUCGAAUGCAAUGCAAAUGUUCUGCACGGAAAACAGAGAACGCAUCGGCCACGUUCGUCUUUCGGAGUUGAUUGUUGCGGCGGUCACUCUACGUGGAUACUGCCAUGUUUGGAAUCUCCGAACGGAGGAGUCAGCAUACUUUCGAUUGCCAUCCCGCCUAUUCCACCUCUUCGUUAUUCGCGGCACCAAGAUUGCCUUCGGCUUCAAGGAUCCCGCGGCUGGAAACACUGUUGUCAUGCAAUGGGACUUCAACUCGCGCGUUUCCCGCACGGUAGUUGUGGCAGAUCACUUAGUGUUUAUAGACUUACAUCCUACCCUGGAUUACUUGAUCUCCAUCCAUCUACAACGAAAUGACAACGUUGAUGGCCCAUGGGAUCUUGAAGGGGUCCCGUGCAAUGCCGCACAGUUGCAGGUCGUGAAGCAUUGCUUUUCGUUGGAAACUCCUCAAACGGCAUCCAAAAUCCUGACCCUGCCGAAGCUAGAAAACAGCGACUGGGUAGUUCGGCCAAAUGCCUGGCUCUCAGAACAAUUCAACGACAGAGCGGGAAUCCUAAUAGCUCGUCCCAAGGGUGGUGAAGAUCACCACCCGCACUAUAUUAUCGCCAUUACCCACUAUAUCGAGACCGAAGAGGUUUUCUUGCAUCGCUUGCCUCCGGAGCACACAUCGUCUUCCCAUUUACACGUUGCACCUAUCGACCGCAACCUCUUGUACUAUAUCAGGAUCGAGCGAGCCAUGCCCACCAUCUGGAUUUCGCAACCAGGCGCGCAAGUGCCUUACAGGCCGGCCAAGUCUAUGCCUUCUCCGUGGGCGGUAGAUCCUGGUCAACAUGAUGCCGACGAAUACGUGCUCAAGGGAGAUCAUGAUUGUGUUUUGUUGGUCAAUAGGGGUGGGGUGAGCGCUUGGUGUUUCGAUGAAGCCGCACAGCCCUUGUGUGCUAUUCCCUUCCAAAUCCCGGACAAUUGA